UACACAUUCAAGAGUCCUUUCCAGCAGUUUCUGAGUUAGAUCUCCAGAGAGCAGUCACCAAAUUCAAGCAUCACACAUCAAGAUCACCUGAAAUUCCCGGGCGGACCAUUUAGUUUAAAGCAUUGAGUUACCACUAAAGAUGGCCCAGCAGCCCAGCAGUGACAAGACCAAGCCGAAGACCGAUCCCACGUCGCGGAAGCUGAAGUUCGCCGGCUGCUGCCACCUGAAGGACGAGGCCCUGGCGCGUCUCUACAAGAUCGACCGGCUGACCGACGAGGAGCUGGCCUCCGUGGGCCUGCAGCGCAAGUCGCUGAUCGACGACUACCGCCACCUGCACGAGCUCUCGCAGAUGCGCCAGUGGGAGAACGGAGUGCGUCCGGCCCGGCCCACUCAGACCCACCGGAGCCGCUUCUCGCGGCUGCCCCAGUUGCAGCUGCAGCAGUACAAGCCGGUCAAGCUGUACAAGUUCCAGCUGCUCAACCAGCUGGUCCACGUGAUGAGCUUAGAGAAGGAGCCGGAGAGUAUCUUCAAUGAGCGGCAGUUCGAGUUCGAUGCCGACUACCGCGAGGACGACGAGGUCCAGCGGCUGCCGCCCAAGGAGCGCAAGCGCCGCCGCUUCGAGUCCUUCUGCGACCACCUGGACAACAUGUUCAUCUGCGGCGACCGCAACAUGGCCAUCGACCUGGUCGUCGACGCCAUCAUCCGCCUGAACAGGCGCCGCAAGCUGAACCCGCCCACCGGGCCCGCCAACCCCAGUCGCCUCCUGCCCGUGCCCCGCCGGGAGUACUAGCCUCGCCAGGAAUCUGAUGCCACAGCCACAGCCCGCAGCCCGCAGCCCACACCCAAUCCCAAUCCCAAUCCCAAAAUCAUUCCAAGGCGUGCAAGUAUUAUGGAAAAUGAUGGAAAAUCGAAAGCACUCGUUUUCUUUUUUGUUAAUUUUUAUUUCGAUUCUCCACAGAAAUACACUUCUCUCCAGCAUAUUAUAUUUUAAACACAUUUUAAAUUAAAUUUCGAUUUCCCAUUCAAA